AUGUUUCCUUUUCCCUCUCUGCUUGUUGAUGCCAAAAAGGGGGCCAAUUUGGAGCAGCAGAUUCGGGCUACCUGGCCGGAUACGAUGCAGGCGUUCGGUUGUCUCUCCGACGCCAGAGUUGUGCAAAAUAACGGCAUCUUCAGCCCGAUUCACAGUCGCCCAAAGAUACAGCAGCCAAGCCGUCCCGCUGACGCCGAGGUCAAGCGGCCUGAGGAGAAUACCGUUUGCCAGGUCCAUUUUGCCUCUUGUUCAUGCCGUAGGUCUCUGGAGGCGCUGACGGACGGUGCGUCGAUGAGUUCCGAAAGACGGCCAGAAAUUAUGAGUAAAUUGGCCAUUUUUUGCGAUGUCUCCUCGAUUCGUGGCAUUCAAAAGAUCAGCCGAGGCCAGACGCCUUUUAUUCGUCUCCUCUGGACGGGAUUUGUUGUCACGAUGACCUGUCUUCUGGCCAUGACUACCGCCUUUUUGGUAUCCGACUUUCUCAACUUCACCACAGCCUGGCAUAUACGCACUCUGCUGGACAACAAGACAGAAUUUCCCGGCGUCACGCUUUGCGGUCACAAUCCGUUUUCGCUUGAAGCCAAUCCAAUCUGGGCGAACAGGUCAAUGCUGACGCCGUGGGAGUUUCGCACCAGAAUGUACAACGCUGUGCGUGUGUUCAUCGAGACCGGCGAGGUACAGUACGCCCAAAGCGCCGUGAUCGACACCACCGAAGCCUUUUACGCCAACCUGCGUCCGCAUGAAGCCUUUCGAAUCGGCCAUCAAGACGAGAUGUUCCCGCAUUGCAUGUACAUGGUGGACGGUGCCAUGGUGGGUCUGGAAGGCUGUCGCCUUGACGAUCCAAGCAUUCCGUUUGUCAAACGGCAAUUCUCGCAUCCCAAAUAUUUCAACUGUUGGACAAUCGAGGGCAAAGCCGGCCCUCGAGGUGGCUGGGGCUGCAAUGCCUCCACGGAAGAGUGUGACGACAGUCUGAGCACAGCUGAAGUGAGUCGAUUGAUCCUGCUCGUCCGUUUGGUACCAUCAAGUCGUGUCGUCGAGGCGAAAGACGGCUUCGUGAUGGACACGUUCACGCGAGGUGAAGGUCUCAAAUUGACCAUUCACGAGGCCGGAGCCUAUCCGGAGGUCGAGAAGACCGGCGUCAAUGUGCAGCCGAGCCGAUUGAAUGAGGCCAUCUUCCAGACGCAUCUUUGGUCUCGUCUUCCCACGCCCCGAGCGCCCUGCGACGAUCAUCAACCGGCCAUUCGUGACCUCGAUGCCACUUACAUGUACGAUUUUGCGCAAUGCUUGGACACGGUGCUUCAAUGGAAGUCAAUUCACGAAUGCGGUUGCCUCAACUCCGAAUGGCCUCGACCCGUGCAACCCACCGACGUGCUGCGCAACAUCACCUACUGCGCCACUCUGCCCGAGCAUCCCGAGGAUCCGGAUCUGGUGGCCGGACUUAUACAACGCUUCCACUGCACCUACAACAUUCUCAUGCAUGUGAAAGAGUUGAAAGAGGCAGCUGUGCUCGCCGGUGUCUGCAAGCCGCGCUGUACCUUUUUCACGUAUGAAACCGGCCUCUCGAUCACCUCGUGGCGACCGAGCUCAAAAAAGCUGCAUCACUACACCCAACUGUAUGCUGAACUGGAGCUGUUUGUGCGUGAGUUGAACAAGACUGAGGCGCAAAACCGAUUUCUCGCCUACAUGAAGGACGUGGUCGAAGAGACGAAAGGUGAUACCGACACGGUGAGUCAGCCGAACAAUUUCGAUCAUGUCAAAAGUGAUCCAAACGAUCAAAUGUCCGAAGUGACCGAAGAAGGCCUACACACCAUCAUCAGCGUGGUACGCAAAGACUACGACACAAUGUUCAAAGAGGAACGCUUGGUCUUUGACAUUUACAUUUUGAUCUCUCGAGUCGGCGGUCUCUGCUCUCUCUUCAUCGGUCUCACCACGGCCGUCCUCAUCGAGAUGGUCGAAUUUGUCUAUUUGGCCUGGCUGGCGUCGAGACGAGCCAAAAGAUCCGCUGCCGUCGCUGCAACGUGCCCAUCGCGUCGCAACAUGCCGCAAUUCGGCGCAGCUCGAGAUCCUUCGAAUUGUCUUUGUCGAAGUUUGGUUGCUAUGGAGACCGGCCGUGAUGUGUCUGCACGUCAGAUGGUCGUUUGUCGUCCAUCCCAAUUGGAUGCUGUACCCGAAGGUAGCGGAGAGUCAGGCAGAGCAGAGAUUGAUGACGAGAAAAGAGGAGAACAUCACUCAUCUCCGACCUUCGUCAUGGCUAUCCGACACCCAGACCCAGAACCGCCGACUUAUCAGACAAGAAUAGAUGAACCUAACGAAGGGUAG